AUGGAUCUCGCGAAGACUCUCAUUCGGAGCGUGGUCCGCGCUUUCUACGAGACCCGCCAAGUCUUGGUGGUCGACGCUCUCUUUAUCCACUCUGUUCAUACGCGAAGUGAAAUUCGUGAUGGCUCUACCCGGCCCGUUAACCGCGAUUACUACUAUAUCCCUCUGCAUCCAGUGAUCGAUGCGAUCAAGUACCGGAUCUCUCGUUUAACUUCUACCAUCAAAGCCCAAUACACCCCCAGUGAGGAGAGGAAAGAAUACAUCUGUCUAAGAUGCGGGGAGGAAUGGACGGAACUGGACGUGUUGAGUCUCUACAAUGAGGAGGGGUUCGAAUGUCAGUCGUGCGGCGCCAUCCUUGAGCGGACCGAGGACGUCAAGGGGACCGAUGGAAUCGACCGGACUGGGCAUGAGAAAAACAGCAGGCUGAUGGCUCAGCUGGACGGCAUGCUGAAGCUGCUCAAGCAGAUCGACGCGACGGAAAUCCCUCCAAACGAUUUCGAGACAGCGUGGGACCACAAAGUCGACGUCGUUCGAAACCAGCAGACGCAUCCCUCGAGACCGGCUGUCGCUGUGGCAACAAACAAGCAGGAAGCUGUUCGCGGCAACACUAGGACCGAUGCAAACGCGAUUGAAGUGUCGCUUACGUCGUCGGCGGAGAAGAGUGCCGCAGAGCAAGCUGCAGAGCAAGCCCGCAAGGCCGCCCUCGAGAAGCAGAAUGCUCUUCCAGUAUGGCAUACUCACUCUACAGUUUCUACCACGGCCGGCAACGUCAAUCCUAUCAAAACGGAGACGAAUGUUGACGUCAAACCAGAGAUCAAGGAAGAGGAGGAGCAGAAGCCCGACCUGGACGCGCUGGACGAUAUCGCUGCGUACUACGCCGAGAUCGCGCGCAAAAAGGCCGAGGAAGCGAGCAGCGCUGAGGAGGAGUCUGAUGAGGAGGAGGACGAGUUUGAAGAUGUGGGGGGCAUUUCUGGUAAUGGGAGCGCGGUCGGUACGCCGGCCAUGACGACCGGAGGUGCUGGUCCUACCAGUGCACCGGCUGUGGCGCCGUCUCCCAGCGUGGCUGGUGUCAAGCGGGAGCUGGAGUCAGAGUCGAGCAGCAGCGCGCCCCAGACCGCGGCGGCCACGCCCGCAACACCAGCUGAUGACGGGCCGGUGGCGAAGAAGGUCAAGACGGAAGAGGUAGAAAUCAAGAAAGAAGAGGAGUCGGACGAGGAUGACGAGGAAUUCGAAGAUGUCUGA